AUAGUGAUGAAGUACUCAACUGUUUUCUUAAAAAAGAACAGCAAGACGACUUCGCCUACGCCCUCCAAUUCCGUUCUCUGAAUUUGGAUCUUUUCUGCGCUGUUCCUAAUUUUAUGCAAAGGAACAUUUCCACGAAAUUGCAGAGUUUGGCAUUUGCAGCACCAACUUCUCUGCAUAAACUCAGUCAAUGAAGAACCACUGAAGAAUCCCCACUCUGCGCCCUUUCUCUUCUUCAUCAAUCAUCAUCUACUACCUUCAGAUCCCUCUUCUCACAUCCCAUUCUUGUUUUUAUUCCAACCCUUUUUCACAACUUCACUCCCAAAUCAGCUAAUAUGAUGCAGGAGAUUCCCUCCGAAGUCUUGGGCGAGAUACUAUCCCGCCUGCCCGCCGAGUCUCUCCUCCGCUUCAGGUGCGUAUGUAAGGCAUGGCGACGUACAAUCGACGAUCCGAUUUUCAUCAAAUUGCAUGUCCACCGUCAACUCCUCGAGGCCCACGACUCCUCCAGUGGCGUAGGCCAGCUCAUUCUUAGAGGUGACCUCGAUGCUCGGCUUUAUUCUUUACCUAUGGAAUCCCUUAAUUCGGAUGGCGCGAAAAAGGUUAAAGCAGCGUUUGUUAAAAACAGCCCAUUGGAGAGUUAUGGAGAGGCAAAAUCACCGGUGGGCUCGUGUAAUGGUGUUAUGCUAAUUUCUCAGUCAAAGGGAAUUAGUUUCUUGUGGAAUCCAUUAAUCAGGGAGUUCCACAGAUUGCCACCACUGAAGCUGGUGAGCAAGAAAUCGAGAGGUUUGUAUCAUUCGGUUAGCGGGCUUGGCUAUGACUCUGCUGCUUAUGACUAUAAAGUUGUGAAAAUUGCCCAAGUAUUCGAUCCUAGAGACAGAAGUUUUAAGUCGGAGACGGUGGUGUACAGUCUGAAGUUGGAUUGUUGGAGGAGGAUCAAGGAUUUCCCAUAUAGGAUUUCACGGUUGACUGGUGGAAUUUUUCUGAAAGGUGUAUUGCAUUGGAUUUCAAGUACAAUGCCACUGAAAUGCAUGGAUGACCUGAUUAUUGGGCUUGAUCUUGGGACUGAAGAUUAUCGUCUGCUGUCAUUGCCAUCCAAACUCUCUGGAGUGGAGAAGCCUUCUGCAAAGCAUUUAGGUGUGCUGGGCGGAUGCUUGAUCCUCAGUUGCCACUAUCAGAUAGAACGUUUGGAUGUGUGGUUGCUGGAGGAUUAUGGAGCAGAAAGCUCGUGGAUUAAGUUGUUUUCAGUUGCAGCAAUGGAUAGUAUUGGUGCGGUGGAGACUCUGAGGCCUAUAGCUUAUUCGAAGUGCAAACGUCAGGUUCUUCUCCAGCAUGAUAAAAAGGAGUUCCUCUGGCUUGAUCUUGGGACCAGAUUGUGGAAGAAGAUCAGGAUCGAUGAUCGGCCCACCACCUUUUCUUCUCAGUUAUGCCUGGCAAGCCUAGUUAGAAUAAACGUUGGUGUUGGGGAUGGAGGAUGUAAUAGUGCACAUAGACCAGCAAGAGAAAGAAGGUGCAAAGUUAAUUAGAGGCUUUCUAUCGCUUUUGGUAAACUGACUUGAUUGCAUCUCUCUUCUGAAUUUUGCGAGCAAUUUCUACUUCAUAAAGUGGAAUCAAAUUUGGGAUUUUGGUGGAUUUUGGUUGGCUCCUUCCUGAUUAUAGAACUGUAUAUUUACAUCCAUUGUACUGCUGGCCAUGUAUUAUUGCUUGGUGCUAUUUGCUUAAAAUGGUUGUGAUGAAGUUAUAUUUUU